AUUUCAUUUUUCUCACCUCAGCACGAGAAAACGCCUCUUCUCUCCCUCAAGCAAAGAGCUUAGCGGCGUGAAAGCGGAAAAACCUCAGCUCUAUUCACCAAAGACUUCAAUUUAGGAUUCAAUGGCAUCGAAGUUAGUGCAAUUGCAGUCCAAGGCCUGCCAGGCGACACAGUAUGUGUCCAAGCAUGGAACGACCUACUACAAGCAGUUGUUGGAGCAAAAUAAGCAGUACGUGAAAGAGCCACCAACUGUGGAGACGUGUAACGAAUUAGCCAAGCAACUGUUUUACACUCGCCUUGCCAGCAUUCCAGGUCGUACGGAGCAGUUCUGGAAGGAACUCGAUUACGUGAAGAAUAUGUGGAAGCACAGACAGGAGCUUAAGGUUGAAGAUGCUGGCAUUGCUGCUCUGUUUGGUAUCGAAUGCUUUGCUUGGUUUUGUGCCGGUGAGAUUAUUGGCAGGGGAUUUACCUUUACUGGUUACUACCCCUGAAAUCCAAACCGAGUGUAAUCCAAUUGUUGUGGGCAAAUUUGGUUCGUUCUCAUCAUCAGCAUUCUACGAGCAAGAUUUUUGUUUUUUCUGCAAAACCUGAGAAACGAGUUUUAGAUUUAACAUCUCAAUAAUUAGAGUAUGUUUCAAUGUUUCGAAUUCCCUUUUGUUCGUGGAGUGCUCUUGAAUUUCAAAGCAUUUAAAUGUUUUUUUUUAUCUGAAGAUAAUACUGCUACUGCGAUUAAGUGUAGCUCGAAGAAAUGUUUGAAUGGUGACUUCUUGAUUUACCCAUGAGAUCUCUCUUUCCCUAAUAAUGUUUUCCACCGAGCUUUGUGCAGUUAAUGUGGAUGAUAUUAAUAUAAGCCUAAAUGGCUUUGAUUUUCUUUAUUUUUUUUU